AAACACAUAUUUCGUUACAUAUUUUUAUUAUAUAUUUUGCUCAAAUGUAAAAAAUAUAUAUUUUUCUCAAAUGUAGAAAAUAUAAAAUGUACAAAAAAAUAUUGAGCACCUGAUUCUAAAUUCCCCUAAUAGACUAUAAAUGCUUUAUAUCUUGCAAGUUUCAAGUGUAAACUAAUUUAAAUAUGUUCACCAAAAAAAAAAAAAAUUUAAAUAGGUUGGACCUAACUCUACAUAAUUGGGCUCUGCUUAGGUGUUAGCACACCAACAUACAAUAGCUCUCAAAUAAACACCUCACUAUGCAACAUCUCCUCUAAUGUUCUACGCCAAUAUGCAACCAUCUUUUGGCAUCUUAGAGAAGCCAUGUUUCAUUCAAUUUCCACAAAAGACAAACCAACACAAUUACACAACUACACAAGAGUACUAGAGUCUAGAGUAGACUCCUCAACAAUUCAAACAUCAUAUAAAUAACAAUUCAGAUACUCCAACAAAAACGACUUUGAUCAUACUCAAAUAUGGCAUCAUCAAUAGUUCUCCUAUUCUCUCUCCUCACUUUCCUUUCUCUCUCCUCCAUUACCACCGCUGAUGACAAACUAUCAGCAUACGAUGCCUUACAAACCUUCAAUUUUCCAAUGGGAAUUCUUCCAAAAGGAGCUUUAGGCUACGAUUUAAACGAAAGAAAUGGAAAUUUCAAGGCUUUUUUAAAUGGGAGUUGUAGUUUUUCGUUAGAAGGUUCUUAUCAACUCAAAUACAAAUCAACAAUUAGUGGUGUAAUUUCCAAGAACAAGCUCACAAAUCUCAGUGGUGUAACUGUUAAAGUCUUCUUUUUAUGGCUUAACAUCGUUGAGGUGAGAAGAGUCGGUGAUGAACUUGAAUUUUCUGUUGGAAUUGCUUCUGCUAAUUUCCCAAUUGAUAAUUUUUACGAGUGUCCGCAAUGUGGGUGUGGGCUGGAUUGCGAUAAUCGCCUUCAAAAUGAUCAGGUUUCUUCGAUUUGAGAAUUUUUAGGGGUUUUUAUUUUAUGGUUGGUGUUUUUGGGGGGUUAAUUUUAGUGGGUUUUGUUUGGUUUUGUUAAUUGUUGAAUUUGUGGAUUAUUUUGAGGUUAAUUAAUCCCUUUUCGUAUGUAAAUUUGGUGGAUGAGAAAUCAAGAACUGUGACAAAUCUGUUUUUUUUUU